AUGAAAACGAUAAUACUAUUAUUAUCAAUACUUAAUUUUGUAUAUUUUGUCAAUGGGCAAGAUACAAUUUCAAAUCCAGGUUUUUGUUGUGGUGAUAGUGAAGUUGAAUCAACUAAUGAUCCAAAUGUAAUUGUUGUGCAUGGAGAAAAUUCAGUUAGUCAAUGGUUUGCCGAUGCUCCAUAUGGCGUUGUUGAUGACUCUCAAUGUCCAUCCUAUAGAGUUGAUUUUCCAUUUGAAUAUUUUAUAGAAUGUCCAGAUUGUAAUUUUGGAGAAAUUAGUUCAUAUCCAUUUUCAUACUCUGAUAUUGGUUUUAAUAACCAAACAUUAUUUAAUUAUGAUAACGAUAUUGAUCAAGGUUUAUUUUGUUUUGAACCCCAUUUUUCAUUUAGAUUUAAUGGACCAAUUCCAAUUAGUAGAUUACCUAUAUUCGCUUUUUUAACAAUUGAUUCACCUGGUGAGAUUUGGGCAUUCAUUGAUAAUCAAUUAGUGAUUGACAAAGGAGGUAUUGGUUUCAGCGAAAAUCCAUAUGGUGAACACCUUAUUUUUUGA